UGGGCUGUCUGAGACGAAGCCUCACGGGUCAACUUUAUCGCGAUAACACUGCAAAGCGAGCGAAGGAGGCCAGAGUCGCAUUGGGCGGCAUCAAAGGAGACAAUGGGCUCAUCAACCGCUAGGCUGCUUGCAGUCGAAGGCUUAGCUCCUGUGUUUGCUUGGCCGACGAAAAUCCCCUCCGUUGUGCCCGAGAGGCUGACAGGACAGCUUCACGGUGGAGUUUGCCUGGAAGCCAAGACGAGCGCUGGGCGGGUGGGUUCCUGUCGCUGUACGAAGCCUCGCGCAGUAAACGCUCAAGCACGGCGUCGACGAGGUCUCGGAAUCAGAACCACGGCGCACGUCAGAAAAGAGGAAGAAUUAAAAAUAGGUUUAAGACAGACGCAGCACAAACGAGGAACCCGUUCGACGCCAGUCAGCCGUUGUGCGGGAGACGGAGCUUCGAUCAAGCCUCAAAAAAGAGGAGGCUUACGCCCAUGCGUACGCUGAGGUCACUUCACUUUGGCUGUAGGUGCGUGCGUGUGCUGGAAAUUAGGUGCUAAUAAGCCCAAAGAGGCGCUGGCGGGGCUACGGA